AUGAAACAACGUAUUACAGCAUUAGAUCUCAAGCUUUUAAUUAUUGAGUUGGAACCUCUCAUUAAGGGCUAUCGACUUAAUAACAUAUACAACCUUGCCUCCAAUAAUAGAUCGUUUUUAUUGAAGUUCGCCCUUCCAGAUUCUAAAGUUAAUGUGGCCAUCGAGUCUGGUUUCAAGGUUUAUGCUACGGAAUAUCAAAGGCCAACACUACCACAACCUUCCAGCUUUUGUACGAAAUUGAGAAAGCAUUUGAAGUCUAAAAGACUUACCAAUAUAAGACAACUAGGCGACGAUAGAAUCGUGGUUCUUGAAUUCGGAGACGGCUUUUAUUACUUGGUACUUGAAUUUUUCAGUGCUGGUAACAUCAUUUUAUUGGACAGUGAUUUCAAGAUUUUAUCUUUGCUUAGAAUCGUCGAAAAUCAUCAUAGAUCGACCGAUAAAGGAGACGACUUUACUUAUGACAUUGGACAGGUGUAUCCAGCAUUUGAUGCCAGUUUGUUCGAAAACGAGCUUGCCAAACGGGACUUACAUGAGUAUACCAAAGAUCAGGUCAUAGAAUGGACCAACGAAUCUAAGAGGAUUCAGGAAGCCAUCACAAAGAAGAAGAAAAAGGUGUUAUCUAUUAACAAAUUAUGCUUUCUUAAUGCUCCAUACUUAUCAUCGGACCUUAUUCAAAUCUCUUUGACGAGGAACGGUGUUACAUCUUCUCAAAGUUGUAUGAGUAUUCUUGAAGAUGAUGUUCUUUGUAGCAAAGUGGUUCAGUCGCUUCAAGAAAGCGAGACCCGAUUGAAGUCGUUGCUUGAUACACCACCUGGGGAGGUGGAUGGUUUUGUUCUUAGUAAGGUAAAUCCAUUAUUUGAUGAGUCGAAGUUGGAAUCGGAGCAAAACUUGAAGUACGUUUAUGAAGAGUUUCACCCUUUCGAACCUGUUCAUAGAAUUGAUUCUGAUAACAACUGCAGGAUAGACACCAUUAAGGGUUACAACAAAACCCUAGAUAAAUUUUUCACCAUGAUAGAAAAAACCAAGGUCUGUUUGGGUAAACAACAACAACAGGCCACUGCUCAAAAGAGGCUUCAACUAGUCAAGGAUGAGAAUGCCAAGAAGCUGUCUCAUUUGACAGAUAUGCAAGAGUUGAACCGCAAGAAGGGUUACUUGAUCACUUUGCAUAGUUCUGAGAUCGAGGAUUGCAGGUUGUCAGUUCAAAGUUUACUUGAUCAACAGAUGGAUUGGCAAAAUAUUGAUAAAUUGAUCAAGGUGGAACAGAGUAGAGGCAACUCUGCUGCUAAAAUGAUCAAAUCACUAAAUUUGUUGAAGAACGAGAUCACCGUAGCUAUUCCGGAUGAAGACGUUGAUGAUGAUAAUGAAAGUGAGAGCAGCGAGAAUGAAGUUUCCAGUGAUGAAAAUGAAAGUGAGAGCAGCGAGAAUGAAGUUUCCAGUGAUGAAAAUGCUCAUAGCGUCAAUAUUGUCAUUGAUAUCACGCAAUCUGCCUUUGCCAACUCUUCUCGAUACUUUGAUGCCAAGAAAUCUGCCAAGGAUAAGCAAGAGAAGACUCAAAAGAAUGCAGCCUUAGCAAUCAAAAACAGUGAGAACAAAAUUGCCCAGGAUCUGAGGAAAAUAGCUAAAGAGAGUAAGCAUGAAGUGGAUAUCAAGAAGCUUCGUACCAAGUAUUGGUUUGAGAAGUACUUUUGGUUUAUUUCCAACGACGGAUAUCUCUGUAUUGCAGGUAAAGAUGCCGUUCAGAUUGACUCGAUUUAUUACAAACAAUUCGAUAAUGAGACAGACUUGUUGGUGAGUAACAAUCUUGAAAAUGCACUCGAGGUGGUGGUGAAGAAUCCUUAUAAGAAUAAGGAAGUUCCACCCACAACACUAUAUCAGGCAGGAAUUUAUUCGUUGACCAAUACUAAGGCGUGGGAUGGUAAGAUGUCACCAAGUCCUUGGUAUGUGAAAGGUAAUGAAGUAUCCAAGAAGGAUUUUGACGGAUCCAUCUUACCACCUGGAUUACUCAAUGUGUCGAAGGAAAAGACGUUUAUGCCUCCAUGUCAAAUUGUGAUGGGAUUAGGAUUAUUAUGGGUUCCUGAUGAAGAAACGAGAAGAAAGUACAAAGAACAGAAGAUCUUAAGAGACGACGAACUUGGAUUGGAAUACGCAAAGGCGUCUGAAGGUGAUAGAAUGAAAGUUAAAGAAUUAGCUGAGAUGCUUGAAAAAUUAAAGGUGAAGGAAGAGAAGGAGGAGAAGGAGGAGAAGAAGGUCUUAGACGGAGAAGAAGAAAAAGAAGGGGAAAAUGAAGGGAAGGAGGUCUUUUAUGAUCAAGAAAAAUCUGUAGAACCUCUUCCAAGUCAGCAGACGCAAAUAAAGAUCAGGGGAAAGAAAGGUAAAUUGAAAAAGAUGAAAAAGAAGUAUGGAGAUCAAGAUGAAGAUGAAAGGAAACUUAGAAUGGCUGUUCUUGGUACAUUGAAGCAGUCCGAAGAGAAUCAAAAUAGACCAAAGAAUGAUUCCGAGAAACCUGCUGACAGACGGGAGGUUUCCGGCAAUAGAAAAGAGCGAAAAGUAUUGCAACAACAUCAUCAAUUGUCUCGGAUACUUGAAGAGAUUGCAGAAGGAGAAACGGACAAGGAGCCUUAUUAUAUGAGUUUGGCAGAACUUCUCAGUUCACCACAUAAAACAGAUAACAUUGAAGACUGUAUUGUUGUUUUUAUGCCAUGGGGAGCUCUAAGCCGGUAUGCGUAUAAAGUCAAGGUUCAACCGGGUACUUUAAAGAAGGGUAAGACACUUAACGGAGCCAUCGAUUACUUUAAGAAAGAGACCAAGAAAUUGAUGAAGCAGAACUCAGACUGGUACGAUAAAAAUGAAAUUAUUGGAACGAUCAACGAACAGGAUUACUUUAUGAGUAUGACAGGAUCUCGAUACAAGUUGGUAGCGGUUGGAAAUGGUAACAAUAAAGCUACUGGUAGAGGCAGCAAAGGACGCAGAAAAUGA